GCCUAGCUGGCUAGCCUUUUGGUUUUACAUGCAAUUCUGGGAACCCUUUCCGUGCCUUCCUUAAACAAUUAUCACCCAGUUUUCGAUUUUAGUAGCAGGAAAGGACCACAGUGUGUGGAUUUGGGUAUUUGGCUAUGUGGUAGCUUCACCAACUCCCACUAUAGCGCCCAGGUGAGGGGAAUGUGGCAUUGUGGUGGUAUGGGUUGGCAUUACUCUAUUGGGACUGUGAACUAUUUGUACUAGUUUAUUGCCUUGUCAAUUUGGGUGUGGCAGUGAAAAACGCAAGAAAUCGUUGCCGGGUUCGCUAAUUAACUUGGGUGUUUCGAACAAUGCAAGGGAGAAAGGUGGGGUCUUGAUUCCAAGUUGUGGUUUUCGAGGACCCGUUGGAUGUUUUUGAGCAUCUGGGACUUCUGGGUCGGUCGGAAAAAUCCAAUCUUGGUAGCUGAUUUCUUUGCUUAUAGGCUUGUAAUGUUGAGUGAUGGGGUUUGAAGGGUUUAGCUUCGAUGAAUCCCCUGGGGCGGCUAUGAGAACCUGUACACACAAGCGUUCUAAGAGCUUUCCAGAUAGCGUAAAAACUGGACAUGAUAGUUUUCGUUGUUCCCCCGAGGCUUCCCCUGAAUUGAAGUUGGAUAUGGAGCACUCAGAUGAUUGCUUCGAGAGCAAGAAGAAACAAUCAUCUACUGCCGAGGUCCAAAGUUCAUUAACGCAAGAGAUAAUGCAACUCGAGAAACGAUUGCAGACCCAAGUUGCUGUCCGAUGUGCUCUAGAGAAAGCGUUAGGGUAUCGGUCUACAUGCCAGAAGACCGCAGAUGAAAUCUCGAUACCUAAGCCGGCCACAGAACUGAUUCGAGAAAUAGCUGUACUAGAGUUCGAAGUUGGGCAUUUGGAACAGUACCUCCUUUCACUAUACCGAAAAGCGUUUGAUCAGCAAAUCUCAACCUCAUCACCUUCCAGAAUUGACGACAAACUAAAAUCUCUAGUAGGCACGCCAAGAAGAAGGCUGGACUUUUCAGAUCCCGACGUAAUAUUGAAGAGUGAGAAGUCGGCAAUAGAACUUGAUGAACAGCCAGUAUCAGAUGUACGUAAAGAAAACAAUGGCGUUGCAGAAGACAAACUUUUAGGUUCUGCUGUUCAUCGGAGUCAUUCCUCGCUACCUCAACAUUCGGCUUUGUCAAACAGAACUUCCCCGCUGCAAGAGACACCGGGCAAAGCUGUGCGUGCUUGCCAUUCUCAACCAAUAUCUAUGAUGGAGUAUGCGCAGAAUGCUUCUUCAAAUAUAAUCAGCUUGGCGGAGCAUCUCGGCGCCCGUAUCUCUGAUCAUGUUCCGGUGUCACCGAACAAGCUGUCUGAGGACAUGAUAAAGUGCAUGUGCACUAUAUAUUGCAAGCUUGCUGAACCAGCAAAGACGACUCAGGGCCUUUCGUCUCCAACCUCGUCUUUGUCAUCAAUAAGUGCAUUUUCGCCGAAAGAUCAAUGUGAGACAUGGAGUCCCGGGUUUAGAAAUGACUCGUCUUUCGAUGUCCGAUUGGAUAAUCCUUUCCAUGUUGAAGGGCUGAAGGAGUUCAGCGGACCUUACAGCUCGAUGGUUGAAGUACAAUGUAUAUACAGAGAUAAUCAGAAACUCGGUGAUAUUGAGCCCUCGUUACAGAAUUUCAAGUCACUUAUUUCUCGGUUAGAAGAAAUGGAUCCUCGAAAGUUGACCCAUGAGGAGAAACUAGCAUUCUGGAUUAACGUGCACAAUGCGUUGGUGAUGCAUGCGUUUUUGGCGUAUGGAGUUCCACAAAACAGCGUGAAGAGAGCCUUCCUUCUCUUGAAGGCUGCCUAUAAUGUCGGGGGGCACAUAGUAAGUGCAGACGUUAUACAGAACUCUAUUCUGGGAUGUCGAAUGCCUCGACCUGCACAGUGGGUUCGCUUGCUACUUUCUUCCAAGGGUAAAUUUAAGGCGGGGGAUGAACGACAAGCAUAUGUGAUUGAACGCCCGGAGCCACUCGUGCAUUUUGCACUGUGUUCUGGCAACCAUUCAGAUCCCGCGGUCAGAGUAUACACGCCAAAACGAAUACUUCAAGAACUGGAAGCAGCAAAAGAAGAGUAUAUAAGAGCCACCUUUGGUGUGAGGAAGGAUCACAAGAUCCUUCUACCCAAGAUUGUCGAGUCAUUCGCCAAGCACUCAGGCCUGUGCCCCGUGGCUGUAAUGGAAAUGCUCCAGCAGUCUUUGCCCGAUUCCCUGAAGAAGAGCCUCAAGAAAUGCCAGCAAGGAAAGGCACGCAAGAGCAUCGAAUGGGUUCCCCACAGUUCCAGUUUCCGAUAUCUCAUACUGAAGGAACUGGUGGAGUAAUAUAAUUGGUCGCUUGCUUGCUUGCUUACGGGUAGUUAAUCCGAACUGGGAGGAUAGAUUUUCCAUAGGAUAGAUUCUCCAUUGAUGGAAUGAAGUUAUUUGUAAGAUUUGUGAAAGUUUCCUGCAUUGUUUGCGAUGCUGCAAAUUGGUUCUUUGUAGAGCUCUACUGUAAAAACAGUAAUGGAUUUCUCACUAAGGGUCUUUGUGUAUAAUUUUUAUAUUUCAUAUCCCUGCCUUUUGUUC